CCAAUCACGCCCCAUCUGCAAGGUAGGUGAUUUUGGCUUAUCAAAAAUUAAACGAAAUACCUUGGUUUCUGGAGGUGUGAGAGGAACACUACCAUGGAUGGCUCCGGAAUUACUAAAUGGAGGCAGCAAUAAGGUGUCUGAGAAGGUUGAUGUGUUCUCCUUUGGCAUCGUCAUGUGGGAAAUUCUUACAGGGGAGGAGCCUUAUGCCAACAUGCAUUAUGGGGCAAUCAUAGGAGGAAUUGUGAACAAUACACUGAGGCCGCCUGUGCCAGCCAACUGCGACCCAGAAUGGAGAAGGCUAAUGGAGCAGUGCUGGGCCCCUGAUCCAGUUCAACGACCGGCCUUCACCCAAAUUGCCGGUCGGUUGCGUGCCAUGUCUGUGGCCAGUCAAACAAAACCAGCAAAAUGAUGAUAAACCAGUACAUCAGUAUAUGGCGCUCGUGUUGUUGUCGCUGUCAUCUUCGACUUCUAAGACUAUAUAAUCUCAUAAAUACUGUAAGAUAUGUUUUGUGGAGAGAGAUGGAUUAGAUCCCAUGAUCUGUGCCAUUAUUAUUUUGAAUUUGUGUGUAUUAAGGCUCUUCUUUGUCUUUUUUUUUUCUGUUUGGGGGCGCGUGUGAGCUGUGUGUUUUUACCAGUUCAUGAUAUUAAAAUGUAUCCAUAUUUUAUAAAAAAAGGAAUAGAGAAACUCUUGUAACGAGAGUUGAGUGGCUUUCUUAUUACUGGAUAAACCAUCAAGUAUUGUGUUA